CUUUGUAUUUGUUGCCAAGAAUCCACCUUAGAAUUACCUUUACAAAUUGUUGGCGACGAAAAGUGUUCAGUCGAGACCGAGCUCAUCCGCGAGUUAGUUGCUUUUUCUCAAACAAACAGUCAAAAUGGCCGAUGUACCAAAGCGUGAACAAGAAAAUAUCGAAUUCGUAUUCGAAGUUAUGGGUGGUCCCGAUGGUAUCGAUGCCUACGACUUGGGUGAUGCCCUUCGUGCCCUCAACUUGAACCCCACCUUGGCUUUGAUUGAAAAGAUGGGCGGUACCAAGCAACGCAAAUUGAAAAUGAUCAAAUUCGAUGAAUUCCUUCCCAUCUACUCUCAAGUCAAGAAGGAAAAGGAACAAGGUUGCUACGAAGAUUUCAUUGAAUGUUUGAAAUUGUACGACAAACAAGAAAACGGCACCAUGCUCUUGGCUGAAUUGCAACAUGCCCUCCUUUCUUUGGGUGAAAAUCUUGAAGAUGAACAAGUCGAGACCCUCUUCGCUGACUGUUUGGACCCUGAAGAUGAUGAAGGCAUGAUCCCAUACUCCCAAUUCGUCCAAAGAUUGAUGAGCGAUCCCGUUGUCUUCGACUAAACGCAUUUCUUGCCAGAAUGUGCGACAGACCCGAUAUGCUAUAAAUUUUUAUUGACCAUCUGUUAAAAAUCUGUAGCUACCACCAUUCUCCAUAGAUGUUAUUCGAAGCAAAAUCCAAAAAAAAAUAUAAAAACAAACCAUCAAUACUCUCUCUCGUAAUAAUUUAAUAAAACAAAAAUAAUUUAAUUAAAUUAAUUAAAAUGCAAACAAAAAAGCAAAAGAAAAACACCAACAUAGAAAUUGAAAAUUAUUGAAACAGGACUUCAGCAACAUCCAAAAAAGUCCAAGCUAAUUUGCCACAACAACACGAACAGCAAUGGCUAUUAGUUUUCAUUUUUUUCUAAAUCUAAUAUAUAUUUUUUUAAGAAAAAUAAACCAAAAAAAUCUUAAGAAAACCAUAUUUUAUUAUAAAAUAACUUAUAUAUGAAAAACAAAA